GGAGAUUCAUAAUGCGAAAUGGGCGGGCGAUAUGUCUCGGGGUUCUCUGUGUCCUUUUUAUUACCUCUAUGGUGUUCGCACAAUCACAGUCAGCAACCGAGACAAUUAUUGAGAAGAUAGGCGAAUCAGAGCGGCGAGUCCGCGAUCAUGUGGAUGCGAAAGUCAAAGACGUUGAGACAAAAAUUUCGGGAAUUGAUACAAAGGUUGGAACCCUCAGUACAGAUGUAGCAGUAAACAAAACGAAUAUAGGGAACAUGCAAGAAGACAUACGUGAUUUAAAAGGGACAGUGGAUCGGAUUUGGUACGGCAUAUUAGGAAUUUUGGGAACUCUGAUAGUUUCUAUAGGGGGUUAUUUUCUCAAAUCAUGGUUGCAAAAUCGAGGUAAAAAGGACGAUGUGGACGCGAUAGAUCGUUUAACCGAGCAAAUCACCAGACUAAUCUCAGCACAGGCAGCAAUUCCAGAAACGAGAGACGUUCCCGGACACCCCGAAGUACCGAGCGUGGAGCGGUUAGACAAGUUAACAGACGACAUACGGUCUAUACACCAUGAUGAA